UGUGUGUGGUGCAUGUGGACAGCUACGUUCAGGUGCUGGGCAAAAGACAGACGUUUGGACAUCAGGGACGAUAUUCUGGAAGGAGACAUGGCUUUGGGAGCCACCCAGCCUCCAGUGGCAUUAGAACGCUAGUACUGGAUGAAGAUCCCUAGGGGGUGAGAAAGGAGAGAGCCAAGGAUCCAACAAGAGACGGUGGGGAGGCGAAGGCAGAGGAUUCUGGGUGCUCGGGCAAGAGUGUGAGCAAGUUUCCAUAGUCUGCGUUUCAACGGCACUGUGACAGAUCACCCCAGUGUAGAGGCCUGGAACAACGCAAUUCCCUUUUCUCACGCUUCUGCGGGCCAGGUAAUGAGAUCAGAGUGACACCAGGGUUGUAUUCCAAGAGAGAAUGUUUCCUGGCCUUCUGGAGCUCCCUAAGCCGCCUGCACUUCUUGUCUAGAAGCCUUCCUUCAUCUUCAAAACCCAGGACCCAGCCUCUGUUGUGGCUUCACCGCAGUGACUUCUCUCAUCGGAUCCUUUAACAAACAUUCAGGUAUGGUUCACAUGCAAAACAGAUCAUCUCAUGUCAAGGUCUCCCAAAGCCUCCACGCUGCACUACGUUUCAAAUCUCAUCAUCAAAAUCGUCUAAACUGGGUACAUUUUAACUCUAGUCAAAGGCUCCACAGGGAUGGAAAGGGAUCCUGGCAACCUGAGGGCCUUGGAAACCCCCCCCCACCACAAGGGGGCGCUGGACUUAGCCUCCAGUCCGUUCUCGUCCGGCCAUGGCUCUCAGGACCGGACGCUCAGCCCGGGCUUCCGCUCCUCAUGAACGCGCGGCUCUCACUGCCCUUCGUCGUUCUACCGGCUGGGGAGCUGCCAGGCUGGGGCUGCUCCCUUGCCCAGCCACGGUGUAGCGAGCUAGACACCACUGAGAUAGAAGGCUCCAGGUGGCCUAGAGCGUCCCCGGAAGUGGCUCGGGGAAGGCCGCGAGGAGCGGACCGGUGGAGAGCUGCGUGUCUGGCAUUUCCGGCCGGUAGUGGCGGCUUGGGGGGUCCACAGUUCCGAAAUGUAUGGCUGAGACAACAGUGGAUCCUGGUAAGAAGCAUUCCCAGCUCAGAAACCCGGACACUGUUGAAGGGGAAAGCUGCCGCCCUUGCUGUCUGUGAAGGCCCAAGGCUCCAGCUACGCCCAGCAGUCCAGGGUAACUCAACUCUGUCCACCUCUCCUGAAGAGAACAGUAGCUGACCACACUCCUAGGACCUGAGGCCUAAGUGUGCUGGAGCCUCGGUGCUAAAGGGAAACUGAGGCAAGAUGCCGCUGUAGGUAGACAGCAGAGCCCAGAACGAACCUGGCUUGAGCCUAGGGUCAGUCCUGUGUGAAGACAGACGAGAGGGAGGGGCUGGCCCGGGGAGCCAGAGGGAACCGUGGGAAGGGCAGGCACAGCCCCUCCUAGACCGCCUCCUCAUGGCCUCCAAGCAGACGGCAGCCAAGGGCAAGGGGGAGAAGCGGAAGCGAGUGGUGCUGACCCUGAAGGAGAAGAUUGACAUCUGCAGUCGGCUAGAGCGUGGCGAGAGCAGGAAGGCACUGAUGCAGGAGUAUAAUGUGGGCAUGUCCACUCUGUAUGACAUCAAGGCCCACAAGGCCCAGCUGCUCAGCUUCUUUGCCAGCUCGGACUCUCGCCAAGCACUGGAGCAGCGGCGUACCCUGCACACACCCAAGCUGGAGCACCUGGACCGAGUGCUCUACGAGUGGUUCCUGGUGAAGCGUGCUGAGGGCAUCCCUGUGUCGGGCCCCAUGCUCAUCGAGAAGGCCAAGGACUUCUACAAGCAGAUGCGGCUGACAGAACCCUGUGUGUUCUCUGGAGGGUGGCUUUGGCGCUUCAAGGCCAGGCAUGGCAUUAAAAAGUUAGACGCCUCCAGCGAGAAGCAGGUGGCCGACCACCAAGCUGCUGAGCAGUUCUGUGGCUUUUUCAGGAACCUUGCAGCUGAGCAUGGGCUGUCUCCCGAGCAGGUGUACAGCGCUGAUGAGACUGGGCUGGUCUGGCGGUGCUUGCCAAACCCUACUCCGGAUGAUGCAACUGUGCCCCGCCUCAAACAAGCCAAGGACAGGCUGACUGUCCUAAUGUGCGCCAAUGCCACAGGCUCCCACAGACUCAAGCCCUUGGCCAUUGGGAAAGGUGGUGGCCCCAGAGCCUUUAGAGGCAUCCAGCACCUGCCUAUCGCUUACAAGGCCCAGGGCAAUGCCUGGGUAGACAAGGAGAUUUUCUCAGACUGGUUCCAUCAUAUUUUUGUCCCCUCAGUGAGAGAGCACUUCAGAACUAUAGGCUUGCCUGAAGACAGCAAGGCAAUUCUCUUGCUGGACCAUUCCCGGGCCCACCCACAGGAGUCCGAGCUCGUGUCAGAGAAUGUCUUCACCAUCUUCCUGCCUGCCAAUGUGACCUCCUUACUGCAGCCCACAGAGCAAGGCAUUCGCAGAGCCUUCAUGAGGUUCUUUAUUAACCCUCCUGUGGCCUUCCAGGGCUUCCCCACCCGCCACAGCAUGAGCGAUGCCAUAGUCAGUGUGGCCUGUGCUUGGAAUGCUGUGCCUAGCCAGGUCUUCAGGCGGGCCUGGAGGAAGCUGUGGCCUACUGUUGCGUUCGCGGAAAGCUCCUCUGAGGAAGAAGCAGAGUGCUACAGCCUCCAGCCUCACAAUAAGACUUUCGCGCACAUCCUUGAGCUCGUCAAAGAAGGGUCCUCGUGUUCUGGCAGCAGGCUUCAGAGCGGCAGGGCAGGAGAGCAGGGUGUGGCGGGGAGGGACAUGGAUGGGGCCCCUGCUGUUGUGGCAGCAUCCCAGGCCACUAGGCAUGCAGAGAGCGCAGAGAGAGGCGCUGGCCGUGAGGUGGAGGCAGCCUGGGAGCAGGCAGCCGCGUCCUUUGAGGCUCUUGUGCGCUUUGCAGAGCAGCAGCCGUGUUUCACCACGCAGGAGGUGGGACAGCUGCAGGCACUGCACACGGUGUUCAGGAGACAGCAGCAGUUGAGGCGGCCCCGAGUGGCUCUCAGGGCUGUGAUCAAACUUGAGGCUCUCCAAGAGCGCCCUGGGGUGUGCGUGGCCACAACCCACUCUGCCUUGCCCUGCUCCCCCGCACCAGGUGACGCCUGAAGAAACUGGCCUGCGCCUGCUGACCCUGCAGCUCUGCUCUGUAACGGGUUCAGCUGUGGGGCUCAGACUGCCUGGCAGGAGACAGUACUCAGACGAGAGCAAGCACAGACUCAAGCCCCAGGAGCAUGGCUCCUUGUCUACACAGAGGGCUCCUCGUGUUCUGGCUAGUGGUUUUACUGCAUCUCCUAGGACAGGUGGGCAUCAUUUGAGUGGCGGGAGACCUGGGCCUUCUCCCUCAGCACUCUGGAGCCUCCGCUAGCUGCAGCUGGGCCCAGUGGGCCAGAUCUGCCUCUGGGUUGGGAGACUGAGACACAUCAGCUUGAAGUGCCUUGAGGGGUGUACCUCCAACCCUCAGGAGGCUGGCUUUCCCCCAGUCGGUGAACCCCAAGCCGCGUCCUGAGGGCACUGGCUUCAGCUCCUGACCUCAGUGCUCACACCCCCACUGGUAGUUGCAUAGGCACGUGCCAUCUAGAACCCACCUCCGCCAUGGACAAGCAAGCUUGAUGGUGAGACUCAGUAGUUUCCCUGUCUGCAGCAGGCCCCACCUCUAGGGUCCCGGUCCCAUGGAGACACUGCAUGCUAGUGUUAGCAUUGCUCAGAGCUCACCAUGUGUCCGGAAGUCUGUGCUCCCCAGAACUUGGAAGUGACAGCCUUUAUGUGAACAGUUUGCAUGAAGUCACAGUACAGCACUUGGUGACUCGGAGCUCAACCGGGGAUAGGCAGGUUAGCGGUGCUCGUAUGGGAGAUGCCUCUGCACCGCUUGGUUCAGCCAGCUGAACAUGACUUCUGACCUUGGAGCUGAUGGGCAGCACUGUGGUUGCUGUGCCUGUGACUCCCAGGGCCCUUUGUGUGUAGCCAUUAACUCUUGGCAUCACAGCUUUGUCCUUGACCUCCAUUGCCUUUGGGACCCAUGGGGCUAAGUGACCACAGUUGUCAUCCCAGUGUUUGACAGCGCCUCACCGAGAGGCCUUUGCCUGUGGGGCUCCGACAGCCAGGGGCCUGGGGAAUGUUGGCUUGUGUUUCUAUGUCUGUCCAACACAGAGGAUGGCUGUUGCAGAUGGCUCUGGUUCUUGCUUUCCCUGCAUGUGAACAUUAUAACCAGGUUGUUUUUAGAA